AUGCGAUUCAUAAGUCAUUUUCCAGAUAUGACGAGCUCAACAGCUGUAAACCCCUCAACGCUGCUACCGCUGGAGUUAGUGGAUAAAUGCAUAGGUUCACGUAUUUGGGUUAUCAUGAAAGGUGAAAAAGAAAUUGUUGGAACAUUGAUGGGCUUUGAUGAUUAUGUUAAUAUGGUUUUGGAAGAUGUUGUUGAAUAUGAGAAUACUGUUGAUGGUAAAAGAGUUACCAAGUUGGAUACAAUUUUGUUGAAUGGAAAUCACAUAACCAUGCUCGUUCCUGGCGGCGAAGGACCUGAAGUUUAG